AAGCUGUCUUCCUACUGUCUCAUUCAGAUCAAUUUGAACCUAUAUCACAUCCGAGUCCUCAAACAAUGCAUCUCUCCUCUGUCAUUGCUGUUGCUUCCGCUUUGAUAGCAUUAGUAUCUGCCAUUCCCACCAACAUUGAUAGUACCGGAGGGUGUCCUGAACUUUGUGCGUACAAAAAUUGCUGCGUUGGGCAGACAUGUAAGAUCCAGGGCGCUAUAGGCACAGAUUUACAACUCAACCAGUACGCAGGGCCCCAAUGCUACCAGCAGCACAUCCAGCAGUGGGUGUUUACAUGCUUAGGUGUCCCUGUGUCACAGUUCGAAGGCGGUUUAGAUGUGCACGGGCCCUCACAGGCUUCCUCCUGUCGAGAAGAAAUCAUCGGCACUGUAGUGGCACUGGCGACAUUGGAUGAUUGGAAGCGACAAAAAUUUUACAGCCCAGAGCAGCACAUCCAGCACCCAGGGCUGGUAUUCGUAGGCUUCAUUCCUUUCGGACAGCUCGUAGGCGGUGUAGACUGGCACGUGUCAACACAGGUCCAAUGUACUUGUCGAGAAAAAAUUGUCGGCACUGUAGCGGCACUGGCGACAUUGGAACCGACAAGAAUUGAAAACCACACACCGAUGGAAAAUUUGAUUGUGCGAUUGGUGAGACUAUACUCGGAGAAGCUUUAUACCGAGAAUAUGAAAUUCGUCUCCUUGGCAAGGCGCAUCAAGUCGUUGAUAUCCAAAAAUCUACGAAAGGGAUUUGAACCCGGUCUUGGCGUCUCGUGGCUGCCUAGUGGCUUUGGCUGGCAGCCAAGUGAUAUCUUUGGCGUUACGCUACAUGCUGAACUCUUGCCUCAUGUUGACCCUCAGGGCAUACUGCACAUGUCCAUGUACAGUCUCGAAGUACAGAAAGUUGGAGAAAGCUUGAGUUUCGCGUCUGUUGCGGUAGAGCAUGAUGAUCUCAAUAUUGAGAUCCACCUCAUGCCACGCUAUGCCGAGCUCUUCCGUAAAAGGCCACGACAAAUCGCAAAUAAGGAGCGCAAGGAAAGACAGGCGUUCUUGAAUCGGAAAGCGGAAAAGGGACAGGGCGAAGUUGUACUGGCGACCUUUGUGGAACAGAGUUGGUCGUUUGAAGGUGUCCCCAACUGGUGGUUCUGGCUUUUACUAGCAACCGAUGAUGAAGGAAAGACAUGGAGAAGAUUCGGAAUAGCUAUCAGCCACGAAGUUAAUACUGACUCAAUCGCACGAAAGAGAUUUAGUAUUCGGUGA